AUGGACGCCGUAAUCAAGAGCAUCACGGAGGGCCCCCUCCCGGCCUCGGCCGUUCUCGGCCUGCUCAUCUUCUGCGGAAUCGUUGCCGUCUUCCACCUCUUCCAGGUCCUCACGGGCGGGGCGAAGAAGGUGGAGCCAGCUGGGACGCGGAUGGUGGUCAAGGACGGCGUCUCGGUGCGCCGGACCGCGCGCUCCCCCAAGAAACAGGCUGCGGCGGGCUCGCCGCCGGUCAAGAGCCCAGGCAAGAAGAAGGCUGCCGCGAGGACCGCGAAGAGCCCGGUCCGAAGCCCCGCCAAGAAGGCGAAGGAGCCCGCGUCGGCGGCCAAGCGGGCCGUGAGCCCUCGCAAGAACGUCAAGUCUCCGGCCCGCAAGUGA